AACUCUGCUUCGAGCGUACUUUUCAUCACUGUAUCAACAACCACAAUUACUCAUAGUGUGAUAAAAAUCGUUAAAAAUUGAAAAUUACAACUUUUCUGAAAUGGCAAAAUUUUUCGUCUCCCUUUUCCUCCUCUAUUCAUUAGCUGUUGUUGGAAUUAGAGGACAAGGCACGUGUGUUGGUGGUGUCCCAUUUUGCAACAGCAUUCAAAUCUUGACCGGACAAUGCGCCACGGAAUGUGCCAGGUCAUCCACCACCCCGCAAACACCUACAUCUUCACGACGACCCGGCCGCUCCACCACACCGUCGGCCUCCGUGUGCGAGUCUGGCGUCCAAUUCUGCCCAACCAUUCCCACCAACGCCACAGUAAAUGCAACCGAGUGCAAUAACGGAACUGCACCAUUGCAAUUGAGCUACACAACGCUCGGAACCUUGCUCCAAACCGGAAAUGCGACCAUGGCUGGAUUAAGUGCUGGCAUGGUUUCUUCCCUCGCUCAAUAUUUCACCACUCUUGGAUCAACUUUGAGCCGUCAAUAAGUUACGAGUGGCAUCAAACAAUUACAAAUAUUUAUUUAUUAUAUUUGAUGCAAAGCUUGAAAUGAAUCUAGUAAUGGAAAGUAUAUUAUGCAGUUUAUGAAUAUGCA